AUGCUAAUCCAGUGUACGUUGUCCGCUCCUUUGCAGCACUGUGAAAGCUCGGCCAUUUUUGUCCAAAAUUUGAAGCCCAGAAACAAAAAUCAGUGCCCCAUUUCAUGUUCUUUUUCGCUUGUUCAGACAAACAAUCUGAAAUGUCUAAGUUCGAAAAAGCCCACGAAGAGGAAACUAAGAGUCCCCAAAUUUUCCAUUCAGGUACUUGAAAAGGAUAACCGGAGUUAUUCAUCCUCGACCGUAACAAAAGAUGAAGAAUCCUUGUGGAAGUUAUCAGUCGGUGGGGUUUUGAGAAAAGUCAAAGGACCUCAUCUUUUUGUCUAUUAUACCGUUUUAUGUUCUUCACUUUCAUGGUGGACACCUGUUCAAGUGGCGUUGGCAAGUGAAGAUGUACAAACGAACGUUAUAUAUGAGGUAGCUGAAUUGUUUGAAUUGGGGAUUCAGCUUUCGUAUCUACUUUUACUUCUGGCUUUGCUUGGGGUUGGGACCUUCUUCGUCAUUCGUCAAGUCCUAGUCCGGAGAGAGCUCGAUCUUUCCGCAAAAGAAUUACAAGAGCAAGUUAGAAGUGGGGAUGCUAGUGCAACUGAGCUGUUCGAACUUGGAGCUGUCAUGUUGAGAAGAAAGUUUUAUCCAGCUGCCACCAAAUAUCUUCUUCAAGCCAUCGAGAAAUGGGAUGGGGACGAUCAAGAUCUUGCUCAAGGACUCGAGUCUGAUACAUUUUUCCAGUUUUGGCCAUGCAGCAUUUGGCAGAGGUGGUCUUGCUAG